AUGACGUUACAAUGUCCGAUCGGCUCUAUACUGGGAGUUCGAAAGAUCACCGACCCCAGGCAGCGCCACACCCCCGGAGCUGCUCGCGCUUCUGACUGGCGAUGGCCCAGAUUAGUGCACGUCGAUUCGUUCAACAGGCUGCUAGAUUGAGUACAGUGGACUAACGGCCUUGCUGACUAUCCGUGAAACAGUUGAGAAGAUCUUCCAGGAGCGCAUUCUUGCAUUCAAUGAAAACCUUGCUAUGGCAUCAUUCGGCACGAGCAAAGGCCAUGGCAUCAUCACCGGCUCCGGGCCACCAUCCUUCUACCUGAGCGGAAUGGUAUCUCACCGUAUCGGCACCCUAGCACCAGCCCCAGCAAACGACCCAGUCUUUGCCCAGAUUCUAUUCCGGCUCCGACCGAACGCAUUGAAGCACGGCGAAGAUUCAACGGACCGCCUGAAGAAGUACGACGUCUGGACUCAGCAUAUCAACAGAUUGUUCCUCUAUGUACUCGACGGCAUGCUACGACAUCACAACAGGCGCGUCAAACUAUUCUUGAGCACAAGAGUUCAUGGACAGUGAUGCGUCUCACAUGUACAAGCUGUGAUUACUUGCACCGCGCAAUCAAGAUCCGAGAACCUACAACUUACCGACCCAAGACGAGGUGGCCGUCAUUCUACCCGGAGAAGUACCGAUCUUCAACAAGAGAUCGUCGUCCGGUACAUCACUCGCCAAACAAUAACAGCCGCGGAAUUCAACGGCUUAUCGACACUGGGCUUCACUCCACGUCGUUCCGCGACCUUCCGCGACAUUCUAUGAGCCCGGUUAAAAUGACGCGCAGGCUCCUCCAUCUUUCUCCCUCCUGCUCUUCACACCUUACCCAUCGCACCUCAUCCCAUCGCCACUCAUGAAAGAAGCCUCAACACAAACAUCUUACAACGUCGCAGAUGGAAAACGAACAGCUCUGUCAGUCGAUGACGUCGAUCGACUUGCCGCAAUGUACGCGAAACAACGCACGACCGUCUCUUCCCUGAAGGCCGACGGCCACGACAUAGUCAAGUUACCCGAAGGUAACUAUGGUCACGCGGUCCUGGCUCACGACACGGCUCAAGUAGUUGUCACAAUGCUUGGGAAGAUCGUGUCGAUUGAUCGAUCCCUCAACAGGGAUGCCUCCCGUGUAGUAAGUGACGCGAACAGCAAAACGUUUAGGGGAGCAACCCGUUGAUAUACCCAUGAUGUCAACCAACCACCCAUUCAGCCUCAGAGAUGCGGACACAAGUUUUCUCAAGAAAUGGCUGCAGCAUGCAGCAUAGCUACGAAUCUGAGUAAGUAACUUCAUGAACUGUGCUCUUGGUGUGGGAUUGUUGAGGAGCUAAUGGAAAACUACCAAGCAGCAAUUCCCUUCAACACGUCCUCUUUGAAUGUCAACCCUCGAGUUGAUUUUCUUCACCAUCAGCUGGUAACACUGCAUGCGUGAGUUAUGACUUGACAUGGCUGUGCAGUCUUAGGCAUGACGGUAACUGAUUUGAAAAACAGACAUUGGACGGAGGUGACAGGAGGUGACCCUAUCCCCGAAAAGGGGGGGCAUCCACCGUGGCCUGCCUGGAAAAACGACAUCGAUGCCAACAAAUACCACAUGUUCUACAACAACGCUCGCGAAGGAAGCUGCAAUGGCCGAAAAGUAGCGAAGUAUUACGUUACGCCGCUACCCGUAAACGGUGACGGGCAUGCUGAGCUGUACGCAAACACCAUUUUAAGGGUGGGGGACGUAUGUGCAGUCAUGUGCUCAGUACAAACCAAUGCGUGGAAGUCAAAGGCCACCGGAAAAUACAGCGGAAGGAUUGACUUCGUACCGCUGAGAAUCCGGGUCCAUGGGACACUAAAUGUGAGUCUUCACUGCCAUCGCUACAGAUGA